UGAAGUUUCAAAGUUAAGGGCCACCUUUGAGGAAAGGAAGGGUUUAAGGGUCGACACUCGUGACUCGACAUUUAAAAAGCUGAUAACAGACUAAUCAUACUCUUGAAACUAGAUCAAACGAACCCGGCGUGAUUUUGCCGCCACCGCAAAGCCUGGGCAUCGCCAAUUCUCAUUCCCGACGAAUGGAGACAUCUGCACCAUCUUCCUCAAAGCCGCGUCAAGCACCUUUUCGUUACUUCUACUGUAACUGCUUCAAACGCUGUUGUCGUUGUUUCUGCUGUUUCUACUCUUACCCUUAAGCUUUAAAUCAGGUUGUGGGUACAAUUUAUUGGGCAAGCAGAAGCAGUUCAAUGAUUGAUUCUGAAGAGGGUACCUUUUCUUCUAUUACUUGAUCAUGUAAUAUAGUAAAUAGUAGAAAAAGAUGGGUAGCACUUAGCAGCCAUUGAAAGGUAGUUGCUUAAGUCUAAGAUAGGUUAUGUAUAUGAAUCGUCAAACACUGUGUGGAAUGGGAAGGGAGAAUAGCUGAAAAAAAAUCCUUUUUGUUUAUAAACUAACUGAUAAUUAAUUAGGAUUAUUUUAUAAAAAUUAGCGGAUGACAAAUCAGAAUUGAAUUCUAUAAUAUUUUUAUACACUUAAAUCAUGAAGUCUGUAAUAAUAUAUACUUAAAUCAUAUAAAGUUAUUUAUUUCGUAACAACAAGAAUAUUCAGACAGUAGUUUACAUUAUCAAAAUUUAUGUCUCUUGUAAAGCUGGACAACUUGCUGUUGAAAAUUGAAAGUUGAUUACAAAGAGAAAAACCCAACAAGAAACCAAAGGAUUCCAACUAAGAUUUCAAGUCAAGCAAAGCUGUUAACCGCUUCUUUGUAAUUAAUUUCUUUCAUUAAUUAAUUAUUUUCCGCGUCAUUUUCAACACCACGUGAAAUCCAAUUUUAUCCAAUAUUACUGUAAAACCUUUUUUUUUAGAUGAUAAUACAUAAGAAUAGUAUCACAUUGAUACAAGAUAAAUUUUCAAACAUUAUAUAACAACAUUAUUUUUAAUCAUCUUUUUAUUUCUUUGAAUAAAUCAAAAUUUACAACCUAUUCAUCUAUUGUCUAAAAAACCUUUUAUCUUAUUUCAAAAAAUUUCCAACCGGAAAAGAUAAAAUAUUCAUCUAUUGUCUGAAAGAUCCAAUUAACACUCAAAUAUUCUUUUCUGAAAGAUCCAAAAAAACAAAUGGGAAAAGAUAAAAUAUUCAUCUGUUUUGCAUUGUAUCGUACGUUGUUAAACAAGUCAUUAUAAGUUGUAAUUAUAUUAAUUUGUGACAAUGCUAAAGAUGGUUCAUUGGUUGACACGUUAAAAUAAGGUAUCACUUUCCUUCCAUGUCUUUCAUAACGAUACAUUCUUCAACACACAAUUGUCCUCCCCAAUCUCAACUCCCACCACCAUCCUCCGUUCACCACCACCCUGCAGCCACCAUGGUUCACAUAGCAAGAUUUUACCAAGUUCUCAUAAUUCAACUCAUGCUUACCAUGUUCAUGUUUGUUAAGUCAGACAUAGUAACACGUGAAUUCUACGAUGAGGAGAGGAAUUCGUUGAUUCCGUUCCGGGACUCUAUGAAGUCCAAUUUCAAUUUACAUGGAAACUGGACUGGUCCGCCGUGUCGGACCAAUAUGAGCAGGUGGAUGGGAAUUGGGUGUACCAAUUCCCAUAUAACUCACCUGACUCUGGAAUCCAUAAAUUUAUCAGGAUCACUCCCGGUUGCAUUCCUACAAAACAUCACCUUCUUAUCGAAACUCAACUUAAACAACAAUUCCAUUUCCGGAGACCUUCCAACCCUCACCAAUCUUACGAAUCUGGAAUCCGUAUUCCUUUCCGGUAAUCGUUUUUCCGGUCCCAUUCCAUCGGACUACCUUGACCUCCCGAAGCUCACUACACUUGAGCUUCAGGAGAACGAAAUCACAGGCACAAUUCCACCUUUCAAUCAGGAAUCAUUAACUUCUCUCAAUUUGUCAUACAAUAAGCUUUCUGGACAAAUCCCGGAAACAAAAAUCCUACAAAGAUUCGGAAUCAGUUCAUUCGAUCACAACACAGGGUUAUGUGGAAAGCCUCUGGAAACACCAUGCCCUUUUUCUCCACCUCCAAAAGACAAGAAGAAAACUCUUAAAAUAUGGAGUGUUGCUUUGAUUGCUGCUGCAGCAGCAAUCGUGCCAUUUUUUGUGAUUUUGCUUUUGUUUUGUUGUUACAAAAGAUUUCAAGAAAAAGCAGCUAAGAAACAGGAGGUCAUUGAGGAAAAUCCUAAUGAAGGUGUCGCUAAAGCUCAAUGGUCGCGAAGCACAGAUGAUCCUGAAAAAACGAAAGAUUUGGAGUUUUUUGACAAACAUAAGCCGGUUUUUGACUUGGAUGAUUUGCUGAGGUCAUCAGCUGAAGUACUCGGGAAUGGAAAACUAGGCACCACCUACAAGGCGACAUUGGAAUCGGGUAUGGUUGUUGCUGUAAAAAGAAUGAAAGAGAUGAAUUCCUUGAGCAAAAAGGAAUUCAUACAACAAAUGCAAAUACUCGGAAAGUUAAAGCAUCAAAACCUAGUAGAGGUUGUUUCCUUUUACUACUCCAAAGAAGAAAAGCUAAUCAUUCACGAAUUCAUCCAAAAUGGAAGCCUAUUCGAGUUAUUACAUGAAAAUCGAGGGUUUGCGAGGGUACCACUUGAAUGGACAACAAGGGUAGAAAUCAUGAUGGAUGUUGCAAAGGGUUUAAUUUUCUUGGAACAAUCUCUAUCUUCACAAAAGGUGGCUCAUGGAAACCUAAAAUCGUCAAAUGUACUUAUCAACUUUACAGAAGAAACCGAAAGCGUACAAGCCAAGCUCACGGAUUAUGGCUACUUUCCACUUUUACCCUCGCAAAGAUCAUCUGAGAAACUUGCGAUCGGGAAGUGUCCCGAGUUUGUGGAAGGGAAGAAGAUGACAAACAAAGCUGAUGUUUAUUGUUUUGGGGUUUUGCUAUUGGAGGUGAUUACAGGGAAAGUACCAGGGGAUAAUGAUAAUAAUAACCAGGAGGAUCUUUUAGAUUGGGUUAGAGGUGUUUUGAAUAGCGACUGGUCAAUGGACAUAUUUGACUUGGAAAUAUUAGGAGAAAAAGAAAGGCAUGAAGAUAUGUUGAAGCUUGCUGAGUUAGCACUUGAUUGUACUCACAUUUCACCUGAAAGAAGACCUAAAAUGACCCAAAUUUUAAUCAGAUUACAAGAAAUCCAUCAAUCCCAAGUCGUCAACAUAGAGGUUAACUCAUAA